AUACGAAUCAGCCCUAUCGAUGCCGAUGGGGUCCCAUUUCACAACUAUUGAAGGUGGAGGCGCCGGUGGUGUCAUAUGGAGCAAACUAAAGCGAUCAACCGAAGGUAGAUGAUUUUAAUACAACGGGCGCUAGCUUGCGGCACACAGCGGUGUGCUAGAUUUUUCCUUAAAAAAACACGGUGGAGGCUUUUAGGGUUCUUACCGGCUACUCAUUCUAGAGCUCCAUCUUAUAGAGUCCAAAGUGAGGCUCAAUCAUGUAUGGUUUACUCGUCAGAUGGUUUUCUCAGCUGAGAAGUACUGGAGAUCCAUUGCCCAAUCUCUAUCUUCUUCGAGUCUCAUAUCUCAGAUUCAAUUCAGAUGCCACAAAUCAACCAUCUCUCACAGUAGAUUACCUGGUGAAUUCAUGUGGGUUGUCCCCAGAAUCAGCUCUCAAAGCCUCCAAAAUUAUUGAUCUCAAGACCACAACCAAAUCGGACUCUGUUCUAGCUCUCUUUAGAAACUAUGGAUUCUCCCAACCCGAGAUCUCAAACAUCAUUUCCAACCAUCCAGCAGUUCUCAGAGCUGAUCCAGAAAAGGUUCUAAAUCCCAAAAUCGAAUUGUUAUGUAAUAUUGGAGUUUCAGGCCCAUGCCUUGCAAAGAUCCUCUCCAGAUUUUCUAACUUCUUGUCGGUAAGUUUAGAGAAAGAACUCAUUCCUUCUUUGGAUUUCCUUAAGAGUUUCGUUCAUAAGAAUGAAAAGAUUGCAUUGACUCUGAGUCGUUUGAGGUGGAAUAGCCGUCUUCCUGAAAUUAUGGGACCCAACAUUGAAAUCUUGCGAAAUCAUGGUGUACCAGAAUCUAGCAUUUCGAGACUGAUAAUCCUGCAACCUCGGCUACUGACUUGGAAAGCUGAACGAUUUAAGAAGAUUGUUGUUGAAGUCAAGGAAAUGGGUUUGGAUCCCAAGCAUUCAAGUUUCAUUAAUGCCGUUCGCACAUUGGCGGGCUUGAAGAAGACUUUAUGGGAGGAAAAAUUUGCGGUUUUUCAGAGUUUUGGAUGGUCAGAGGAUCUUAUUCUUUCACUGUUUCGGAAACAACCUAGUAUUUUCUCUAUUUCGGAGAAGGGGAUCAGGGAGCGAUUGGUUUACUUCAUGAACGAACUUAAUUGGGCUGUUGGCGAUCUACUGAAGCGCCCUGCCGUGUUACAGUAUAGCAUGGAGAAGAGAAUUCUGCCUAGGUAUUCUGUUCUUCAGGUUUUGAUCACAAAGGAUCUAGUGAAGAAGCAAAGUGUGGGUGGGGCUUUCUUGUUGACUGAAGAUAAGUUCUUGGAUCGGUUUGUGAACAAGUAUCUGUCUAAACAACCUCAUCUGCUAAAGGUUUACCAAAGUGUCUAUGAGGAGGAAGGUUGAUGGCAUAUUUCCAAUGGCUGCUUAUAUAAAUGUACUGGUCCAGGGGUAACUGCAACUAUCUAUAUAUUUUAAGGGCCUUUGUGCCCAUACCCCACAAUUUUAUGGAAGAGAAUGCUAGACUUUUGUGCCGUAGUUUUGAGAGAGUUGAUUUGUGAGAUGCCGUUGUGGUUGAUGAGAUACUAACCAAGGCCAUAGACCUGAAGCUGUGAUAUUUCCUGCUGUUCAUGAAGUUGAAGUACAGUUGACAGUGAUCCCGUAAAAAGUUUUGUCUUCCAUUAGAGACUUUCCUUCGACUUUAAUUCUCGGCCUCAUCUAUUGACGGGUCUGCUACUAGUCAGUUCCUGCAUUAUUGAUGAUAGGAUCACUCUUACCCACAGAACUAGAUCAACCACAUGGUAGUUUAGUUGGGUCUAUAAUUUUUUCAAACAUUUUGUGCAUAUAAAUGUGUACUCGUUUGCCUGAAUUUAAGCUUAUUACACUUGAUCAUUGUUGAAAGUUGAAAUAGAGGUUUCAAAAUGAUUGAAAGAUUGGAAGUAACAAAAAUCAUCAUCACACAAUUGGAAGUCUGAAAAAUGGUGGUGGUGGGCUAUAGAGUUAGAAAUGAUCCAAUAAAUUUAAGGGAAAUUUAUAGUGCCAUCCCCUAGAGAAUACCAUUAUUAGGGAGACACCCCCUGCAUAAUACCAAAUUACACUCGCACCCCCUAUCGUCAGUUGUCAAGUGAGAUUUUGAAAUGACAAUUUUGCCCCUUUGAUUAAAACAUAUAACCUCAUCCUAUUUUACACCAACUCCUUAAUACCCCAAACCUUCAUUGUGGUUUUGAGAGGAGUAAAACUCUUCUCCCCAUCUCCCCUUCUCCAUUCCCUGCGCUCACCCUUCAAUCAAUUUAUUACCCACUAGAUUCUAAAAAGUUAAAUAGCAUCACUUUGGGUGCCAAUGCUAGAGAACAAAAACUAGAUUGAUAUGGGCCAGACAGUGUGAACCCAUGAACCACAAUGUAGACUAUUCAGACUGUUUUAAGCAGCAAAUGAGGGUUCAAAUUCCAAACAGAACAAUAUGUUCCACGCAUAUGCACAGGCACAAAACUAAGGCAAAAUUGGCAGACUGAACCAAUAUUCGCUUCAGUUUGUUCAGUUAAAUAGACAAUAAAUAGACUAAAUACCUCUUAGUAUUCCUUUCAGACACGAAGAAGAAGAAGAAUUUUUAAGGGAAGAAGUACAGAGGGUUUAGGGUUGAGAAGAAGGGAAGGACUCAAAGAAGAAGCACAGACCUAUCUCGAUUAGGGAAGAAGAAGCGCAAACCUCCUCCCAUUGCCACUCAUUGCCAGUUUGUAGCUACCACCGUUGCUCUUCACAGAGAGAAAUCGUUGAUGCUCUUCACGGAGAGAAAAGGAUCUGGGGAUAAAGGAGGUCUUUUUUGAUUUGGGGUUAGGGGGUUAAGAGAGAGUAUAUUGGGCACUUCACUUGGUAUUUUGGUAUUUAGAAAAAAAAAUGUACCAGCUGUAUCAACAUUUAAGGUAUAUUCCGUAACAAAGACUAACGGUAGGGGGUGUGUGCAUAAUUUGGUAUUAUGGAGGGGGUGUCUCUCUAAUAAUGACAUUCUCUAAGGGGUGGCACUGUAUAUUAAAUAGCGAAAUCGUGGUCCUUGUGCCCAGACAUAGAGGGUAGCGACCUCCUCCAUCUCUCAUGAAAGGUAGAAAUCCCAUCCUUUCCUAUUAGUCGGCAUCAUGUUGACACAAGGGCAAUACUAUCUUUUAUGGAACCCUCUCCCAUUAAAUAGUUCAUAGAAAGAACCAUUUGUGAAAUACAAAAACCCCACCUCAUGUCCAUGUGAGCCUCCUCAUUGGCCCUUGUGCAUUGGCCCUUGCAUAGGUGUAGGAUUGGGCGAUCAAGAGCUUUCUUCUCCCUUCGUGUUUUCGAAGAUAGGGAAAAAACAAUGAAAAAAGAGGAUAGUGAGGCUAUUUCUCUCCUUCCAAUUAUUCAAGAGAGGAAAAAACAAUAAAAAAUGAGAAUGUGAGGUGGCAUACUAUACGUCUUAGGGAGGAAAAUAUGUAUUAAGUUGGAAAUGCUAUCCGAGUUGACAGCGUAAAAUGAAAUCUCCCACGCCCUUCCACGCCCACAUCCUAUUGGCCUAGGAUGAAGAGAAAGAGAUCCCACCCAUUCAAUGUGGCCGACCUUGCAUUUCUCUUUCUUAGCUGACUGCAGGAUUCUCUCUCUUCCCCCCUGCUCUUAUCCCGUGGCCUAGGAGAUCACCAACCUUUCCUCCGUCCAUUCUCAUCAUCUCUCCUUCAUCCCCCUUCAGUGCUGCGGACGAUGUCAUUGACUCCGACUUGCCAUCACUCUUUGACAUCUCAUGGUGUUUGAUGAUUCUGGCUUUCUUCUUUGG